AUGGUUUGGUCCAUUUGUGAUGGUAUGCUAUGAAUUAUCCCAAGGUGGAGUUUUGGUUUUAUUCCACAUUGUCUGCAUUGAUGAAAUAAAUGUUACUGUUGUGAAGAGCCACGUUAAAAUUAUGCAACAAGAAGAUGAAGCAAGCACCUUUGUGAGUUUAUGUGCAUGCACUUGAAUUGCAUUGCUGCAAUUGCAUAUGUUUAUUUGUUUGUCGUCCUGAUGUAGCCCAAAAAUUGCUGUGAAAUGAGGGAUGAAAAGUUUUUAACCCAGGUGAAGAAAACUAGUAGGAUCUGCAUCGAAACUGCUAAAAAGUAUUUAAUUUUAUACUAGAAUGGAGUACACCAAAGUUUUAGAGCAAUUCAAGUGAAUCAGAGACUCAAGAGACUCUAUUUGGCCCAAAUUCAGUUUGAAAUGGGCCAAUAAGAGAUUUGGUCACAUGUUCAAUGUGCCUAAAUCUUAACUCACACAUUUUAUUCAUGUCAAAUAUUCCCCCUGUUUUGUUUAGGACAUUCUUAUUUCUUAGGGGCGUUCUAACAGAAUCUUCCUUUUUCAUAGGAAAGUUUAAUUUAUUUUUUUUCCUAUUUUCUUGGAUCAUAACAGAUUUUCCUUUUUAUAAGUUAGUUAUAAUUAAUUUUCAGCCUAUAAAUAGGAACCCCCCCUUAUAGCCCUAAAGGCAAUCCACGGUUUUAUCAAUCAAAUUUCAAGUUCCCUUCCUUUCUGGAGGGUCCCUGUGGGCUUAGGGAGCCAUUUUUGAUCUUGUGGACUCACUAUCAACCCCUUGUGGACUCAAUGGGUGAAAUCUCUUCAUUCUGUGGAUUCAGAGUAAAGUGCUUUCAACCAAGGCAUGUUCCUUUUUGGAUUCAAGUUGUCAUUUUGCUUCCAGAAUACACAGCCAAAGCUGAAACAUGA